UUUCCUCUCUCCCUCCCAAUUUAAUUAAAAUCUCCAAAACAAGAAGAGAGACUAGACUAAGUCCCCUAGUAGUAUACUCUAAAUCGAAAGCUAACAACAAGCAUCUCAUCAUAUACAGAUAACCAGUUAAGUAGGAAGCCUAACAAAAUAAUAUGAAGGGGGGUUUGCUCGUCGACGAUGAAUUCAUACACCAAGUAGAAAGGACCCUCACUGUUCGGAAAACUUCUCUGUUUUUCGCCGGCGAUGGUUUCACGGUUUACGACUGCAAGGGCCGAUUGGUGUUUCGGGUGGACUCUUACGGUGGCCCCAACACCCGCGACACCGACGAGGUUGUCCUCAUGGACGCUCACGGCCGAUGUCUCCUCACCCUCCGACGAAAGAGGCCGAGUUUAAGACGGAGAUGGGAAGGCUAUCUGGGGGAGAGAUCGGACGGACAGAAACCGAUCUUCGGGGUCAGGAGGUCGUCCAUAAUUGGGAGGAACAGCGUGACGGUGGAGGUGUACAUGUGCGGCGAGUAUCUGAUCGAAGGUAGUUUCGGGCAAAGGAGCUGCACCGUCUUGGAGGCGGAGACGAGGAGGAAGGUGGCCGAGGUACGCCGCAAAGUGGAUGCCUCAACGAACGUUAUGCUUGGUAAAGACGUUUUCUCUUUGAACGUCAAACCCGGUUUUGAUGGAGCCUUUGCAAUGGGCUUGGUUCUUGUCCUUGAUCAAAUCUACGGCGACGAUCUUCUCGAGGUUGGUGAACAACAGGUGCACCCUUCCGCAGAAGAUCACUGAUUUGAUUUUCCCCCUUUUUCUUUUUUUGUUUUCUUCUUAAAAUCAAAAUUUAAUAAUUUUUUAUCAAAUCUAUAUUAGAGAUCUAUCUAGUUGUGAAUGUGAGUUUUCUCUCUGUCGGCUUGAAAGGAACGAUUUGGACAAAAAUCUAUUACGUCUUUCACCAUAAUGAUAUAUGUAAUCAGUGGUUGGUUUGAAUUACUCUAAUUACAUA